CACAGACAGAGACACACGGACACAGACAGAGAGAGACACAGACAGAGAGAGACACAGAGAGACACAGACGGAGAGAGACACACGGACAGAGAGAGAGACAGAGUGAGAGACAGCGGUGGUGGUUUGCUGAGUUGCUGUUCCGAGUACUCUACUCUCUACCAGGUACUCUCUACCAGGUAGCAUGUCUGCUGGAUCUGCAUCGUAUCGAAUCCUCCUCCUGCUGCUGCUGCUGGGAUACUCCACCACAUCAUCCGCUGAGCCAUGCGGUUCCAGCGAGGGGCUCACCGAGGCCACUGGCAUCCUCCUGAACGUCCUCCGGCGAGCUGAGAGUGCCGCUGGUGGUGCCGCCGAUGAUGCCGCCGAUGAUGCCGCCACCGAUGAUGCCGCCGAUGAUGCCGGCGGUGAUGCCGGCGGUGAUGCCGGCGGUGGUCACGUUGCUGGGGGCCGCUGCCAGUCCCUGUUCACCUGCCCCAGUCCGCUGAUUCAGCUGGGCCUGAGCCUCGCGCAGGCCGGCGAGACCUGCUGGAGGGACGGCAGCGGCGCCGGAGACGCCGACCUCCGUCGCCGCCACAAGGCACUGAGGGACGCUCUGCCUGGGGUGGUGGUGUCGGAGCGAGGCCGUCCCGGCCUGCUCGCUCUACUCCUGCUGUGGCUGCGCUCUGCCGGCGAGCGUGUGACGAGUGGCGUGAGGGUCGGGCGCGAGAAGGUCGACGUGGGGAGCUCCCUGAGGCGGGCCGUGGACACGGAGCGGAAGUGGCUGCGUCGGCACGCGUGUCCUCUCAGCAGCUUCUACGCGCUGUCCCUGUCCGCGCUGUCUCUCUGCGUGUCCGACCUGCCCGUGGAUCCCGACGUCGCCUCGAUCCUCGUCGACGCCUCGUGGGAAGACUUCCAGCGAUGCCCCGGAGACAAACACAGCACGAUGUCCAUGUGCUCGCUGGCCCUCUCCUGCGUCUCCUCGCGCCCCGCCGCCCGCUCCGGCCUCUCGCCGAAGCUGGCGGCCGAUGUAGAGCUGGCGGCCCGCGGCCUUCUGCGACGGCUCCAGGCGGCGGAGGCGGAGGCCUCCGAGCCGGCGACGUCCGUCUACGGCUCCGCCGUGGCCAUGCAGGCGCUCACAGCGGGCCAACGCCUGCUGGACCUCUCCCCGCAUGGCUGGGACUGCGCGGCGAGCGAGCGGCGCCUCGUGGCCGCCACCCUGGCCGGCCGCUUCGGCAACCCGGCGGCGGCGGCCCACGGCCUGCUGGCGCUGAGCGGACGCAGCCUCUACGACGCCGCCGCCGCUAGUCCCUGCGGCCGCCACCACGGCCGUCACCACGGCCACAGCGGCGGCCACGGAGGCGGCCACGGAGGCGGCCACGGAGGAGGCCACGGAGGUGGCCACGGAGGAGGCCACGGAGGUGGCCACGGAGGAGGCCACGGAGGAGGCCACGGAGGAGGCCACGGAGGUGGCCACGGAGGGCCGCUUGACACGCACCUCGUCCGGCGUGGGGGCGCGCCAGGCGACGGGGAGGAGGUGGAGGCGGAGAAACGGAGCGCAGGUGAGCCGCUCGCUCGCGGAGAGGCCGGGCGACUCGGGGCGGCGGGCGCGCCGGUGAGCGAUGUGGUGAGCGAGGAGUACCGGGUGAGCGAUGCGGUGAGCGUGGAGUACCGGGUGAGCGAUGCGGUGAGCGGACGCCUCCAGCGGGCGGUGAGAGUCCGCGUUCCGCCGGGGUCCUCGGUGCUGCGAGUGAUGGAGGCCGCAGAGGAGGAGGACGCGGAGAGAUUCCGGUUUGUAAGCGUGCCCACCAUCUGGGGCCCCUUCAUCACCUCUGUCGCUGGUCUCCCCGCCGACCCCGCGCUGGGCACCUACUGGCGUGUCCUCGGCCCCAGCGGCAUCCCUACAGACCAAGGCGUUGGCGACGUCAUCGUCACGGACGGAGACGUCAUCACCCUGCAGCUCUACAGCAGCGCGUCGGCAUCGCUAGUGGGGGGUGCUGCUGGUGGGGGGUGGUAGUUGCGG